UCAGCUGACGAAAUCAAGUGACAAAUUUCGUGAAAGACGAAGAGUCGUGAUAUUUCUGAUUAAAUUUCAUCAUGAUUUCUCCUCUGUUCAGCGUGAUUUUCGCAAAAUUGACACUGACAAGUGAACUUCAAUAACUUAUGAUAUUGUGACACUUAGUAUUAAAAAGAUGGGGAAUCGAACAAUAAAUGAAAAUACAAACGGAGUCAACAAUGUGAACGACAACGGAGUUCUCGCUGGUUCCUCUGCAGUGAGUUCGAAUGGUUCUGGGAAAGUUCACCGGGCCGGUGGGCUCGGCAGCAAAGGAAUUCGACGCUACGUGCAGGCGCUCAGACCGUGGUCAUUCAGUGCUUCACUGACUGCAAUGCUGCUGGGUUCAACACUGGCAUAUAAAUCCAUUGGAACGUUGAAUCCUAUUGUAUGCCUGGCUUCUUCAUUUGCAGUGCUGUUUGUUCAUGGAGCUGGCAACUUGGUGAAUACAUAUUACGAUUACGUGAAAGGCGUUGACAGCAAAAAAAGUGACGACCGAACAUUGGUCGACCACAGAUUGGAGCCGAACACUGUUGCUACAUUCGGUGCUGUACUUUAUGCUCUUGGAUGUGUGGCUUUCGUCGUGGCAGCAACGUUUUCACCUGCUAAGAUGGAACACAUUGCGUUGCUUUACUUUGGAGGUUUGUCCAGUUCUUUUCUGUACACAGGAGGCAUCGGAUUGAAAUACCUUGCUCUUGGAGAUGUUGUCAUUCUCAUAACGUUUGGUCCGCUUUCCGUCAUGUUUGCCUUUGUCAACCAAGUGGGACAUCUCAAUAUCACCCCUCUUUUAUAUGCCAUCCCUCUUGCCUUGAACACGGAAGCUAUUCUUCACAGCAACAACGCCCGUGACAUGAAAACCGACAAGCAGGCAGGGGUCAUCACUGUAGCCAUAUUGUUGGGGGAGACCGCCUCCUACGCCUUGUACUGCUUCCUUAUUUUCACACCUUACAUAACCUUUGCUGUUGUUGGGAUGAAUUUCUCCAAGUGGUUACUGCUGCCUCUGUUCACUCUCCCUAUGGCGUUCACGCUUGAGAAAAAAUUCCGCCAAAGGGAACUGGGAAAGCUUCCACAUGAGACAGCCAAGCUGAAUUUACUGUUUGGUGUGCUGUAUAUUUUGGGUUGUCUGUUUGCAGAUACGGGAAGUCUUCCUGGAUUAGCAUAAAAAUAGUGACUUCUUAUUCACCUUAGAACUUACAGUGUGGGAGAUUUGUUUUUUUUUUACAAUAAAAAUUAUUUGAUUUGUCAUUUCAAUGAGAUACAUGUAUAUUUUUCAGUAUUUUUUGUUUAAUUGUACAUUUGUAAGAUUGGCAGCCAGAGCUUAAACUAUGGGGAAGGGUGUGUGUGUAUUUGAGUUUUGUCAGACGUUUAUUAAUCAGAUAUGAUUAUUUACGUCUGGGACCGACCUUUAACGUCACCAUCCAGAAGAUUGGUUUGGAAGGGAAUUGCCCCCCCCCUUUUUAGUCAAAUUUACAUACCCUUUAGUACGUGGAGGCAUUGCCCCCCAUCUCUUUGAAAUGAAGAUGAAAUACAUCCUUCUUUUGGUUAAAGAUCUUUUUCUUUUAAUGUCUUUUUGGGGGGGGCUUGCUUGCUUGUAAAAAAAACUGCCCCUUUCAGAAAUUUAGAAAUUCUGGAUCUGCUGAUUUGCACGUGGUUUAAUUUACGUUCUAUGUAUAAAUACAGUUCUGCGUUUCAUGAAAGGACUUGUCAGACGUUUUUUUCUGACUAGUCCCAUUUUAUCCGACAUAGCUAUAUACAUUGUAGUAACAGUGCCUCUCAGCCAAUCUGAAUCAAGGAAAGAUGUUGGAUCUGACAACUUGUCGGACAAAAAUAUUGAUGACACACUCCUUGCAGCAGGACACCUUAUACCCUUUUGAAAAUGAAAAAAUUGCUGAGCUGAUUUUUUCAUGUCAUGAUGAUAUCAAGAAGCCGAUAUUUGAUUAAAGUUUAACAAACCCUUUCUGAAGAAAAAUAAAUCAUCAGCGCGAGAGAGCACUAGGUAUCUAAUGUUUGAAAUUUUCACAGAGAAUGGGCUACUACCUUUAGUACACUGUAAUAUUGGGAUGUUCAAUGGCACUUGAGUAUUAAUUUAUUGUAACCUUUUCCAAUGCUUUAGCUGGGUUUGAAUGCAGACUUGGUCGGUUGAUUUAGGUUCACAAUCUAUGUAGACAUGGACAAGUACCAGAGACUGUUGUUUUACUUUAUUUAUUUUAUUCAUUUUUGUAUUUUAUUUUAUUUAUUUAUUAUAUUUUUAGGGGGAUAGGGAAUAUGAAUUCCAAACUGUGUAAACUUUCUCACCAAAUAAAAAAAAGUGUACAUGUACAUGUAUGUAUGAAUAAUUGUUAAAGGGAUUCUCUAAAAGAGUUGAUACACCACAUGUCAUGGGCGCAGGUACAUGUACAUGUACAUUAUGAAGUGGCCCUCCACACUCCCCCCCCCCCCAAAAAAAAAAAAUGAAGUUGACAAUUUAUUUCAUUGACACUCUUUGAUUGUGGUUUGUAAUCUUAGUUGAUUCUUAGUUUUCAGAUAAUCUAAAUGUGUAUACACGUAUUCAAAAAUUCAUCUGAUCUCAAAUAAACUUCUUGCCCAAUACUGAACACUUAAAUUGAAGAUUUUUUUAGAGUAUGGUACUGUACAUGGGCACAGUAUGUAAGCGAGGAUUUUUAUUUUUUUAAUAAGAUUACUCUACCAUGUAUAGACCUUCUCAAGUAGGUCACAAUAUAUAUUCAGACAUUAGGAAUUACCAUGAAGAGGUCAUUUAUUAAGUUAAAACUUAUUUGUUGACAUCUCUUGAAUGCAUUAUAUUUUAAUCAUGUUAAGUACAUGUUCUUAAAAAUGCUUGUAACCGAAAUUUGUAUACUACAUGUAUAAUACAGGAUUAAAAGAUUAUGGAUUUAAGAGAUGUCAACACAUGCAUGUACAAUGUAAGUUUUAACUAAAUAAUCUGUUCAUGGUGACUCCUAAUGUCUGAAUAUCUUUUUGACCCACAUUUGUAAAGCAUUUAUUUUGUUUAUAUAGUACCGGUACUCUAAACUACAAAACUUCCCAGAUGGGCCAUGAUGGCUAUGAAUAAGUGUAACUUUGCAGUACUGCAAUGUUCUUUUUUUUCUCUCUCUUAUCUCCCCCUCCAAAAAUGAAUAAAUUAAGUAAAAUGAGUAAAUAACAAUUUGAAUGAAAGUUAAUUAAAACUUUAUUUAAUUAAUGAAUAAUUUACGAACUAAAUGAAUGAAGGAAUGAAUAAUAAUUCAUAAAUUAAUUUAUAUGUAGAUGAAUAUGCACAUGUUAAUAAAUGAAUCAAAACUACAUGCAUAUAGAUCUAUAAUAAACAAAUAAAUGAAUAAAUAAAUGAAUGAAUAAAUGAAAUAUAAAAUAUGAAUGAAUGAAUAAACAAAAAAAAACCAAAUGAAUUUGUAAAUAAAAUAAUGAAUAAAUAAAUAAAUAAAUAAGGUCUAUACAUGGUAGAGACUACAGAACUACAGUAUUUACCUCGAGAAAAUUCUAAAACUUUUUUUUUUUCCAUUUCAUAUCUCAUGCUUUGGCUCUACUAUUUUCACACCAGAGAUAACUUUUGAUGGAGGGUCAAGUGCACUUUUUUUUUUUUGGGGGGGGGGGGGCGUUACACUACAUACAUGUAUAUCAAGCACUGAAUAAGUGAACAUGUUCAAAAGCUGCAUCCUGUUUUUUAAUUAUGACAGAUGUCAUGGGUUGAAUAUGUACCUUGGUUCCAAUAAUAGUUCCAUGAUUGUAUGUUACAUCAUGUGUCCUUGUAGCCAGUGUUUUUGUCUGUUUUCAAUUUGACAUUAUAUUUAUUGGUACAAGUAUGAGGGUAGUCUACAUGUAUAGUGUAAAUGUAUAAUGCCAAAGAUUCAUGUGACUUCAUAACAAUUGUAAGUGUCACUGUUACUUUUAUCUUUUGUUAAUACAAUUUCAAUUCAUAUUCUUAUCUCUGUACAUUUCAAAUUAAUUGUUGUACAUGUAAAACACUUUGAUAUAAGAUUAAGUUAACUCUUUUGGCAGCAUCAACUAAAAAAAAAAAAUCAUAUUUUCUUAUACGCUAUGCAGCGGUCAAAAUAUUAUUACAUUACUAGAAGGACAGCAAUUUAUUUGUUAUAAUUAUUACUCUUUCUAUCUGCAAUAUUCUGCCACCAAACACCAAACAAAGUGAUUAAUUAAAGUACAUUGUAACUUUCAAGCAUUCCUGUUAUAAUAUUAUGAAUGGUCAUAAUAAAAUUGUCAUCAGAAAUUACAUUUAAGCUUAAUCGUGAAAACUUUUUUUUUUAGGGGGGGGGGAGGGGAUUAUAGGUUACUUGUUUACGUGUAUGCAUCAAGACUAUCAACAAUAGAGGCAUGACUGGAGACUUGGUACCAUGGACGCAUGGGAAGUGGGGGCUGCUACUUUUUACGAAGUACAUGUACUCUGUCAUUAUAGGUGAUUGCUUUAAUUGUUUGUCUUUACCUUUACCAUGUUAUUGAUGCCUGCAUGACAAUUGUAUACAUACAUGUAGAUGAUAAUUAUAAAGUGUAAAAUAUGUAGGCCUAUGCCUUAAUAUUUUGCGAGGCGGAUUUGCAUUAUGUAUCAGACUUCAUAAAGUGCCCAUGAAUUGAAAUUCCAGUAUAUGUACAGAAUAUGUGUGAUGUACAGUGUACAUGUACUGUAAGUAGUACAGGUAUUUCAUAAAUGUUGAAAAACAUAGGGUUAGGCUGUGCAAUAUUUUUGCAUUGUUAUAUAUGUUUAUCUUGUAAAUGAAUAGCAUUUGAUUUAAAAAAAUCAUUAAUGCCUACAAUGUAAGUCCUAGUCUCAUUUGCCCACCCCCUAAAAAAAAAAAGAGUUUGCAAGUGGCUUGUAGAUAAUGUUAUGUAUAAAACAUAUGUAGGCCUCCAUUAUAUACAAUGUAGCCAUCUACAUUUCCUCAAAAGUUGUAUAGUUUUGUUGAAUAUUUGACUUCAGUGUCUAGACAGUUCCAUGACUUCUAUUAUGUGUACAUGUAAGGGGUAAUGGGGGGAGGGGGUAUUGAUUGAACUAGACUGGAAAAAAGGAGAAAGAAGAGUGUUUCUUUCAUGCAGAGUGGGAAUGACAAUACUUAACGCAAUCUGAAAAGGCAAGUCCCCGAUUCAUUGAAAAUCCAACGGAAUAGGAUUUCUGUAAUUUGCAAUUCAUUGCAACUCUUCUUUGCAUUAAGCAACAGACCUGUCUAACUGCCCUUUCACACAGUAACAAAAUCGUAAUUUGAAUGACAAUUCCAGUGAAAAAUAAGGCUAAUUACAAAUAUUUAGCAUGUGUGAAACCAAACUAGAACAUGAUUAGAAUCACGAACGCUAAUCACAGCCAAGAAUACAAUCACAAUCAUGAUUCAAGAUUCAUGUGUGAAAAGGCCCUUUGUAAUAAGAAAACAGUGAAUCAAUGCUAUAAAUGAAGCAUGAUUUAUUCUGAUCUUCUACAUGUACUACAAAUACAUGUACAUUUACACAUGCAUUUUUUUCUUCAACUAUAGCAACUUGAGAAUCCUUGUAAACCAAGAUGAAUUUAUUUAUCACUUACAAAGUCUGCAAGUUCUGUAUCCUGAUGUGUAUGCAUUUAGGCCUACCCUUCCACCACCUUUUUUCUUAAUUUGAAAACAAUGAUUUGUUUUAUUUCAUUGUUCUCAUCAAUUCUGUUCGUUUCUGUUAUCUGAUCUGUUGUUGUACAUGAAUUUGAAAAAAAAGUGUAAAUAACCUUGCCAUUGGAAUGUUAUUUUGAAGUCAACAAUACUCACUGUUGAUGGGUCUCUCUGGCUCGCACACUAUUUAUUUUCAUGUGCUAAAUUGGUGUAAUUUUGAUGUUACAUGUACAUGUGCAACGAUAUAAUAUAGUGAUCAUUUAUUGAAA